AUGGACCAAAUCUCUACGUCUCUCGCGCCUUCGCGCAAUGUCCAAAAGUCCACCGUUGCCGGAUCCCCUGGCGAAACGGUCGGGAGCGUCACCAAAAGACUGAGUAAUGAACUUAUGACUUUGAUGAUGUCUUCAUCACCUGGCAUUUCUGCUUUCCCCAAGUCCGACUCAAAUCUAUUUGACUGGGCGGGUACCAUUGAAGGGCCUCCAGGCACGGUGUAUGGCGGCCUCGCGUUUAAAAUCUCUAUUUUGUUCCCUUCAAAUUAUCCUUAUGCAGCACCUACAAUAAAAUUCGAAACACCAUGCUUUCAUCCAAAUGUCGACAUUGCAGGGGGAUCUAUUUGUUUGGACAUCUUGCAGGAUAAGUGGUCAGCUAUAUACAGCGUGCAAACCAUUCUGAUCUCGUUGCAGUCUCUGCUUGGUGAGCCUAACAAUGCCUCCCCUUUAAACCCAGACGCUGCAAGACUCUGGGACUCACCAGAUGAAUUCAAAGCUCAGCUUCUGAAGCACUACCGUCCGCUUCAAGAUGGGUCGUCUGCGUAG